AUGGCAGAGCACCAGAAUCUUUGGGUUAACACUGCAUGCCGCAUCACGAAUCCUUUACCGACUAGUCUUCGCUCCAAUCGAGCCAGAGGUUAUGAAACCUGCAUGAGCGACAACGAUAUCUGCGACAGCUUGGGCGAUUUCGAUGGCGUCUUUGGGAAUGGAAACGGGCGGCGUGGCGACCUGCCCUUGCCGAUGUGCGAUCUUGAUCGUUUCGACCUCCCGACAAUAGCCCAUAUCUCUUUCUUCCAGGUGUUGGCGAAAUUGAUCACCGAUCAUACCAACAGUCGGGAAGUUCUGUAUCCCGACAAAGCCGACUUUCUUCAAUUCGGCAGGGAAGACAGGCAGGUCCCGGAAGGGAUCGUUUCUGCAAACACCAGCGAGAACGUACAAGCCUCAUGGAAGCCGACAAAAUGA